AUGAAUAAAAUAGCUAAUGAUUUAGCACAGACUGCUUCAGGAGUCAGGGUGCCGAGUGGUAUGAAGGAAAGGAUAGUGAGGAUUACACGUCGAUCUCUUCCAUCGGCUGAAAUAAGAAAUCAAGUUAUGGAAGAAGUCUUUGCCACUGAUGUUGCCGAGUUGGAUGAUGAUGAUUGGCGAAUCCCUUACAUCUUGUUCUUGCAACAUCCAACUCCAGAAACCGACCGAAGAAUAAAAAGAAGUGCAGUUGAUUAUGUGCAUAUGGAUGGAGAUCUUUAUAGAAGAUCGGCUGAUGAUGGUUUGUUGUUUCAGUGCAUUAAUAAGUUUGAGGGUUUGAAGAUUAUGGCCAAGGUACAUGAAGGGAUAUGUGGAGCUCACCAAGCCAGCAUAAAGAUGAGAUGGUUGAUACGCCGAUAUGGAUAUUAUUGGCCUGGAAUGAGAAAAGAUUGUAUGACUUAUGCAAAAGGUUGUAUAGACUGUCAAAAGCAUGACCCAAUGCAGUGGGUUCCAGCAAUAGAAAUGCAAUUAUUAGUUAAACCAUGGCCUUUCAGAGGUUGGGCCAUGGAUCUAAUCGGUAAGAUUAAUCCUCCUUCAUCAAAAGGUCAUCAUUAG